AUGCUGCUGCCGAACAUCCCAUUUUAUGAGACCCCCGUCUUGGCAAGCGUGAUGGGAAAUGGUUCGUGCACCCCGGGCGCUCAGGGCCCAGAGUUGAUUGUCAUGGACAAAACCUGCUCAAAGGUCUGCACUCCAGAGAAGUCAUCGCACCCGCACCAGGCAUCUCACGCAGCGAGUUCGAGUUCAUCAAAGCGAUGCUGUGGGAUUUGGAAGAGGAGGGUAGGGCGGCAGAUGAAGCGAGCGGGCGGGAUUGGGCAUCACGUCUAUGGGAUCGGUAAUGGGAAUACGGAUGAAGGCGACCAUAUGUUGAAUACUGAAUAUUCAGUAUUCAGACCCUAUAUUCAGUGA